UGUUUGAUCGAUUCCACUUGUUUAGUCAUCAUGAUGCUGAUCCUGUUGCUCUGUAUAAGAAAGACUAUGGUGGUGGUUUUGAAUUCUGUAAUCCAUCAUGUAAUGGUUACAACAAGAUGUACGAUGAUUCAAGUGAAGGCACCAGUGGUGCUAGAGCAAAUCCACACAAUAUGGAACUGUUGCAAGAGAACACCUUUACUGUUGAUCCUACUGUGACUGAGAGUGGCAUUGCUGAUCAAAUGCGGCUGAUAGAACCAAUAUUGAAUGAUCAAGAUUUCUUCCAGAAGCUGAUGGAGCUAUUCAGAAUUUGUGAAGACUUGGAAAAUAUGGAUGGUCUUCACAUGAUAUUUAAAAUAGUCAAGGGGAUAAUUUUGCUCAAUAGUGCUCAAAUUUUUGAGAAAAUAUUUGGAGACGAAUUGAUCAUGGAUAUUAUUGGUUCUUUUGAAUUGGAGUUUUAUAGAGGGAGUUUAGAUCAGAUGAAAGAAAAUCAGGAGUUCUGUAAAAAAAGGUUCAUUCUUAUUCUUUUACAAGCCGUUCCAAUUAAAAAUUCGAUGGCCAUCUCAAAAAUACACCAGGCAUACUGUGUUGGUUAUUUGAAGGAUGUUGUUUUGGCAAGGGUAUUGGAUGAGGCAACAGUUGCCAGUCUCGAUUCUAUGAUUCAUUCUAACAAUGCUAUAGAAAAACCAAGUGCACUAGAUUGCAGUCCAAGAACAAUUUGCAGAAGGCACAUAAUGGCUGGCUCCUAUCUCUACAAAUGCAUAUGGGAGGCAUUGCAGCAGCGAAUAAGAAUGAUAUUGAUCAACAUGCAGUUGACACCGUAUGUGCUCUGAAUCUGAAUUCAGGUGUGAGUUUCAGAUAUUUUAUGUGCAAAAAAGUAUUAGAGUGCCUUAUGUUUGUAUGUUAGUUAAGCAGAUUAUAGUUAGAACCUGCAGUAGGAUUGAUCAAAAACUACACCCAAUUUUGUAAUAGUCUACUUGCAUAUUUGCAUAUAUUUAAUAAUAAUCUCGUGUCAACUAA